AUGGGAAGAGACGCCCUCGUCCUCGUCCCCGAGCUCGAUCUCGACGCGUACGCGGCGCGAAUGGCUCAAAGUAAAUUAUCGAGAGGUCACACCGGCGCGAAGAGUCGCUCGGAGCCGUCGUCGUCGACGAAAAGUUCGUCUUCACCGAUCGAGGUGUUUCGCUGGCGCAAGGAGCCAAAGGUUUUGUUAAUCGCCUUCGCCGACGCGGUGGCGCAACGACGGGCUUUGGGUCGGUUAUCGAUGUUCAUGGAGGAUCCUGAUUUUCGUGGAACGGUCGCGGAGACGUUACCGAGCGGUGUUCGGGGUGGGGUGGCGAAUUACAGCGGACACAACGCGCGCGUGAGAGAGACGUGCGCGUUCGUCAACGAGGCAGCGAAGUCCGCGACGGGGGCGUGGACGGAGGAGCGGGCGUUAGUGGAGGCUUUGGUGAAAGUUGGUAUCGUUCGUCGAGAGAAGACUGGCGAAUUCACGGUGGUCGAAGAUUCAAAGUGGACGCGCGGGUGGGACGGCGGCGGUUGGAACGACGCAGACGCCGAGGAAGAAAACGUCGUUCCGGAGACGUGUUUGAUCGCCGUGUGCGCGAGCGAGAACGCGUCGGAGGUCCAAGAUGCAUUGUUACACGAAGCGAUGCACGGACUGUGGUACGCCAGGGAGGAUCACGCGAGAUGGUGUUAUGACUAUUAUCGCUCGGACGCGUUGACGGAGGACGAGCGCGCGACGUGGGUCGACUUCUUACGCGAGCUUCGAUACGACGUCACGAGUUUUGAGGUCGUGGUGAACGAAUUUCAAGCCUACAUGGCCACCGAGCGCGUUUUGUUCGGCCCCGACGCGCAGGCGAGAGGUUCGAAACGCUCGAACGCGUCCGCGGUGGACGCGUUGACGGAGAUGCAAAAGAAAUUUGCGCGCGCGGCGAGCGAGCACGUGUCGGACCCACCGCGAUGUGGAACCCUUCGCGUCGUGUGGGAGUAA